AUGGCCGAGACCGACGCACAGGCCUACCUGCACAACUCCUUGCGAGAAUGGCUGCCCUACUUAGUGAUUCAUGCGACUCUCGCUCGGGUGCGCUACCAGCAGCCAGUCCUCGCCGUGAAGACGCUGCCUGCAGAGAGUACGGGCCUGGCGCACGCCAACUACGCCGUGAGCUGGACGAUGGCCUUCUUGUCUGGCCUCACCGACUUUUCCCUUGACGGCACAGGAGGGCCUCUUCUCGCCAUGGCGCGGAGCCCCGACGAGGUGCCGCCACCGCCUCGUGUCGGGCCUUUGGUGAAGCUCCGCGGCCUCGAACGAGUAGCCUUCGACUGCGUGCUCUAUUACCAGGGCUAUGCCGCGGACUCCCCGCUGGCGCAGCUGUUGAACCUCCCUCCGCCUCCACGCUGGUGGCCGCAGAAGGCAGCGCGCUUUCUGGCGGCACUGGAAGCUCGGUUUGGGCCUACCGACGACAAGGCCUUGCUGAUCCUCUUCUGGUUCGUCCGAAGGGCCGUGUCCUGGCUCGGUGCCCUCGCGGUUGGCCUUCUUCUGGUGGCGGUGUCGUCUGCUCUUUUCUCCGAGCGUGAUGGCUCCCAUUCGUUAGACCAUGUCACCGGGGAGCAGUCUUUCAAGCUACCUGGCGAGGGGGAAGCUGGGCGAGAGGUCAAGAAGGGUUUCAAGAAGAAGAAAGGCGCCGCCGCUGGCGCAGCCAAGGCAAACGGGACCCCUGCAUCGCAUGCCACAGUGCCCUGCAUGCAGGAGGAGGAAGAAGAGGAAGAUGAGCCCGAAGAGGACGAAGCAGACGAGGCGACUGUAGUCACGUGGGAACCAGACGAGCAUUUCCGGCGGCCUGCGGACGAAUGCACGGAUGAAGAAGAAGAGCCGGAUGAAGCGGAUGAGGAUGACGAAGGUGAAGAAGAGGAAGACGGACAGGAGGAUUGCCAGACCUGUUUGUACCAGGCAUCUUCAUAG